GGGGCGGAGACGGCGGGCGCGGAGGACGCGGCGUUGGGACCGGGAUCUGCUGCGGCUCGGGCGGCGCCUCCCUUCGGCGGCCCGCCCGGCUCCGGUCCAGCCGGGGCGAUGCUCCCCGAGGCCGCGGGAUGAGCCAGUGACUCGGCUGGCCCGGGCAUGGCAGACCCCGUGGCGGGCAUCGCCGGCUCUGCAGCCAAGAGUGUGCGGCCGUUCCGCUCAAGCGAGGCCUAUGUGGAGGCCAUGAAGGAGGACCUGGCCGAGUGGCUCAACGCCUUGUAUGGCCUGGGUCUGCCCAGCGGUGGCGACGGCUUCCUGACGGGGCUGGCCACGGGAACCACUCUGUGCCAGCAUGCCAACGCCGUCACUGAGGCCGCCCGCGCCAUGGCUGCCGCCCGGCCGGCCCGCGGGGUGGCCUUCCAGGCCCACAGCGUGGUGCCGGGCUCCUUCAUGGCCCGAGACAACGUGGCCACCUUCAUCGGCUGGUGCCGCGCGGAGCUGGGUGUGCCCGAAGUGCUCAUGUUUGAGACGGAGGACUUGGUGCUGCGCAAGAACGAGAAGAGCGUGGUGUUGUGCCUGCUGGAGGUGGCGCGGCGCGGGGCCCGCCUCGGCCUGCUGGCCCCUCGCCUCGUGCAGUUCGAGCAGGAGAUUGAGCGGGAGCUGUGCGCCGCGCCCCCGGCCCCCAACGCCCCCAGUGCGGGGGAGGACGCCGCCGAGACCACCGCCCCGGGAGCUCCAGCCCGUGGGCCGCGCAUGACGCCCAGCGACCUGCGCAACCUCGAUGAGCUGGUGAGGGAGAUCUUGGGGCGCUGCACCUGCCCAGACCAGUUUCCCAUGAUCAAGGUCUCGGAGGGGAAGUACCGCGUGGGAGACUCCAGUCUGCUCAUCUUCGUGCGGGUGCUGAGGAGCCACGUGAUGGUGCGUGUGGGAGGCGGCUGGGACACGCUGGAGCACUACCUGGACAAGCACGACCCCUGCCGCUGCUCCUCCGCGGCCCACCGUCCGCCCCAGCCCAGGACGUGCACCUUCUCCCCGCAGCGAGUGUCACCCAGCCCCAGCCCCCGAGCUGGCAGCCCAUCCCCAGGGGGGGAGCGCCGGGGCUCCCGCCCAGAGGUGACACCCAUUGGCUUACGCAGCUGGAAGGAGGGGCCCGAGACCCCACUCAGGGCCCGGGACCAGCUGCCCCCCCAUCCCCGCUCCCGCCGUUACUCUGGGGACAGCGAUUCCUCAGCCUCCUCGGCCCAGAGCGGCCCCCUUGGUGCCCGCAGUGAAGACUCAGGCACUGGCCCCCGGCGGGAGCGUCCCAGCCGGCGUGUGACCACGGGCACCCCGGCCUCCCCGAGACGGCCUCCCGCCCCACGCAGCCAGUCCCGGGACCGGCUGGAUCGGGGGCGGCCGCGUGGGGCCCCAGGAGGCAGGGGAGGCCAGCUGUCGGCCCCCAGCCCUGCCCGGCGGGCCCGGAGUCAGAGCCGUGAAGACCAGGCAGUGCUACUGGUGCGUCGGGACCGAGAUGGGCAGCACUCCUGGGUGCCGCGGGGCAGAGGCAGUGCGGGCUCGGGCAGAAGUAGCCCCCACACUCCCCGUGCCCACAGCCCUGCAGCUCCCAGGGUCCCCAGCCCCAGUCCAGAGUUGAGCACAAUCCCGGCCAGUGUCUUCCGCACACCCCUGCAGCUUGACCCAAAGCAGGAACAGCAACUGUUUCGGCGCCUGGAAGAGGAGUUCCUAGCCAACGCCCGAGCCCUUGAGGCUGUUACUGGUGGGACCCCCAGUGGACCAGCCCCUGACCCAAUUCGGGCCCCAGACCCUCCAGCUCCUGACUCAGCCUACUGUUCCUCCAGCUCCUCCUCUUCGUCCCUCAGCGUCCUGGGUAGCAAGUGUGGGCAACCUGGGGACUCUGGCAGGAUGGCCAACGGGCUGCCUGGGCCCCGAGGCCCAGUCCUGUCCAGCUCUUCUGAUGAGGGCAGCCCCUGCCCCGGUGUAGGGGGCCCACCAGAUGCACCCGGGAGUCCUCUGACCGGCCCAGAGCCCCUGAGGACCUGGGCACGAGGCCGGAUGGACACACAGCCAGACCGAAAACCCUCACGCAUCCCCACACCAAGGGGCCCCCGCCGCCCACCCGGACCCACGGGGUCCGGGACCUGGCAUGCCCUUCAGUCAGCCAGCCCAAGGACCGAGCCGGAUUCCUGGAUGUGACGGACCAGCCCAGCUGCCCCCAGUCCCUUGUUCCCUCUCUUUUUCCUUUGUGGCCUUAACCCCUCUGCAUCAGGGAGUGCCCCUGCCUCUUGGGGACCAGACCUCAUGGGACCAGACCCCUCGGGACCACAUGGCACAAUGGGACUUCUGGUGUACAUUCCGCUUGGGGGAUGAGCAUUGCUAUUUAAUUACUAAUAUUAUUGAAUGCCUUAGAGGAGGCUGGGCCAGCCCAGUAAGGACCCUUCCUGAGGUCCCGUGGCCCUGCAGAGCCUGACAGUAAAGUUUUCUUCCAGCUA